UUCGUCUUUCUUGCACAUUGUUGCAAAUCAUGAUGAGCUUGUGGUUUUGUCACAGUGUUGUUUUGUUUGACCUUCUUGAGGAAGGCAUUUUCCUUUCCUGUAUUUGGCAAUCAGUUCCUGGACAAAACAAAACAAUAGAAAAUAAUAUGCCUGUGAUAGAUAGAAUUAAGGUUUUGGUUUCGUAUGGAGGAAUGGUCCGCAUAUUCCCAACCAAAAAUACCUACUCACAUCAAUAUUAAGACACGUCCAUUUUGUAACUACUUUACCGACAACUGCAUUAUGUUGACGUUAACAUUUCGUUCUAACUGACACGUGUUGCGAGCUGUAGAAGAUUGAUGAGGUUUUCUUGUUUAGCUCUAAGGGAGAAGACGCUAUCCGAGAGACACACUUUCUGGAAAAUAUAUAUUCGUUUGAUUCAAAAGUCAUGAGCGGGAUUUGUCAACCCGGAUGCCGGAAUGGUGGAGUCUGCCAACUUAUAAAUAAUGAGUUUGUCUGUGAUUGCCCCGGGAGUUUCUACGGAGAUACAUGUCAAGCCAAUGUAUCAAUGACAAUAACAUUUGUGCUGAUAGGCAUUGCAAUACUUCUUGGAAUUGCAGCAUGUCUAACUAUCGGACUCUGCCAACGCUUUCGACAAGAGCAGGAUAGGCCACUAAUUAUUAACAGAAUCAUCAGCGUACGGCCAUUACGAAGAACAACGAAGAUCGAUAAAUCUAAAAAUGACGUCCCUCCAGCUUAUGACGAUGUUAUUGUUUCUGGAAACGGAGAAGCGGAGACUGAAGUAGAUGGUGCAGAAAGACACGAAGAGGAAACAGAAUGUCAUAUAGGGCUAGAUGUUGAAGCGUACUUGCCUGCUGGUGGAGAGCACGUACCCGGUGAUGAAUCAGAGGUUGAUCGAAGCACAAGUGGAGAACAUCGUGAUGCAAAUACGGUGACACCAGAACAACUGGAAUCACCUUUUACUGCCAAUACUAUCGAAGCUCCUCCACCAGGUUAUAAAGACGUCGAGGAUAACAGAGCUAGCCAUCGAGUUUUCUUGCAUCAACCACGUCGCGACACAAGGGAAUCAACUGAGACAUGUGCUAAGGACGACUCGUAGAUUUCUCUACCGUUAUCUAUCUUUCAUACUCAUGACGAACAAUGAAACUCUACACAUCGAAAUCCAUCUAAACAAUUGAUUGAUUGGCUUAUCUACAAAAAUAGUUCAGUUUGUUGAUCCUUUUUAGAGUAUCUUGGUGAAUUAACUAGCUCUUAACGUAUGUGCCUCUAAAAGUAAAACCAUAUGGUAAAGGAUACAAUGGCACUAUAAAGUCCUGUUUACACUACGACGAUAACGAUCGACGAUAAAAAGCUAAAAAGCAAUUGUUUCACACUACGAUUUUAUCGUUUUCCCAUGAUUUUGACGUAAUUUGAUUUGAUUUGUGACAAUAUUUUUUCAUUGUAUACACGUAUUGAAUAGUGCUAGUAUGAAAACUUCUCUUAUUUCUUUUAUUUUCUAUAUGAACAAUCGCUUUUUAGCUUUUUAUCGUUGGUCGUUAUCGUCAUAGUGUACACAUGCCUUUAAAUGGCAAAAUAACAUAGUUUCAACUAAGCAUGAUCAUAUGCCAUAUGAACACUCAAACGACAUCAGCAUUUUUAAAGCUCCAUUAUUAAUUGUUGAACUCACGGUAUAUUGGCCAAGUAGUAGCCGAAUACUUCAACCAUGACUCUUCAUGAAGACGAUAGAAACACCAUGGUUUGAUAUUUUUCUUGACCAUCGGUAUAGUCGUGUACAGUUAAUACUACGAGAGUGAUUGAUGCCGUAACAGAAGUAUAAGCAGUGGUGAACUCAAGAUGUGGGGGACCCCCUUCCCCCUAAAUUUGUCUAGAUUAUUUUUUUUAAAUGGAGAAAAAAAUAACAUUAAGUCUGAGAAUACCAUUUUCGGCGACUAUCUAGGUGACAUAAUCAUAAAAUUUCUUACCUCAGCUCCAACCAACCAUUGUGGGCCUGUGGUUGUCUAGACCCUCCAUCUGUGAGAGUCUGUCCCUGGUCUACCUUUAUUUCGAAUUCCUGGAUCCGCCACUGAUAAGCGACUGGAAACAAAUAUAUUUCCAGGACCUCAAUUUGUUUGGAAUUAAGAUGGAGACCCGAGGGAGACAUGCGGUUUUGCUUCAAAUUGAUUCAACAUCAUAUACAGUAAUUUGUAUAUUCUUGUACCGUGUCCGGAGAGGUUGUCUCUAAUGAUUUUCGUUUCCAAUUUCCUUUUCGACGCCAAUAAGGUAUUGUUAAAAUAGACAACCUCGCAUCUGUUCAUUAUUUUUACAUUGAACACAAUAUUCAAACUUUAAUUCUUAUAAAUAAUGUAUAGGUGAAAACCUAUUUUUGGAGAUAAUAGGCCUUUAUAUACAUACAUAGCUUUCGUUGAAGAGUUAUGCCUGAUUAGUUAUAUAUUUAACACUACUAGUAGUGUGUUUACUGAAAAAAAAUAUGUUUUUCACAGAAAAAAGAAGAAUUAGGCCUAUGAAUAUAAUGUUUUGUAUAUUUAAAUGUGCUUAUCCAUUAUUUAAUAAAAUGUUUACAAGAUGAA